AUGAAAAAGAAAAAUAAUAUUUCCACAAAUUACGGAAAACUAAAAGGUCGUUUUAAUCGUUAUGAUAUGAACGGUUCUUAUAAUUUUAAUGAGAAUAAAAAAGGUAUAGGAAAUAAUUUGGUUAAUGAUUUGAAAAAUUAUAGAAAUGAAGAAAAUUAUAAUCAUAAUAAUAGUAUUAAUUCUUUAAUUGGGCAUACUAAUGCGAAUGUAAAUUACAAUAAUGGAAAUAAUAAUUAUUAUUCACAUAAUUAUAAAUAUAAUAAGAAUUCUUAUCCUUAUGAUUAUAAUUCAUAUCAUCCAAAGAAAAUAUAUGAAUACAAAGAAAAAUUCAAAAAUUCUAAUCAUAAUAAUAAUGCAUAUAACAAUAAUACUAUAUUAGAAAAUAGAAAUAAUAUGUCUACUUUAAAUUCAUCAAAUAUAUCGAAUAAAAUAAAUAAAGAAAGCGAUGGUAAGAAAAGUGAAGGAGCUAAUGAUGAUUCUGAGGAUGAAAAUAAUAAAAGCAAUGAUGAUGAAAAUAUAAAUGAGGAAGUGAGUUUAUUAAGAGAAAAAAUAUGCUUUAAAAUGUUAAAAAGUAUUGAUAUAUAUAUAACUGAAAUAAUUAUGAAAUCGUGCUUUGUAACUGUAUAUAAAAUGAAAGAAGAUGAAUUAAAAUGGACGAGAGCAGAUAUUGAAGGAUUUUUAUAUAUUGUAAGAAGAUCAGUUACUCCUUUUUAUAGAUUAAUAAUUACAAAUAAAAAAAAUGAAAAACAUUUGUUACAAGAUAUAAAUGCAAAUAUUAAUUUAUCAACAGAUCAAAAUUAUAUUUUUUAUAGAAUUUUCAAUGAAGAAAAUAAUACCAAAAGCAUUUAUAGUCUUUGGUUCUACAGUACUGAAGAAAAAGAAAAAAUUUACAAAAUGUUAGAAGAAUUAGUUGAAAAAGCUUGUCAAGAAAAAAAUUAUUUAGAUAACAAUAGCAAAAGUAGCAGUAGUAAUUAUAAUAAAAAUGUAAAUUUUAUAUUUACUAAAAAUAACAAUAUGAAUGAUAACAUGACUGUGGUAACAAAAACAGAAGAAAAUUUAAAAAACCUAAAUAAUUUUUAUAGUAAAAAGGAGGAUAAUAAAAUAAAUAAAUCUAAGGAUAUAGAAAAUAAUAUCAAUAAUAAUGUUAAUAAUUCUUUAAUUUUAAAAAAUACACAGAGUGAAGAAAAUUCUGAUAAUGUUUUAAAAAAGAGUAAGUCAAAUAAUAAUUAUGCUUCUAUUAAAUCAAACAGUACCAGUGAUAAUAAAAAUGAAAACAAUUUCGAUUUAGCUCAUAUUGUGAAUGAUAUAGAUUAUAUGAGAACAAAUAAAAACAAUGAUAAUAUUAUAUAUGAUAAUUAUACGAAAUGUUAUUACAACAAAAACAAUAGUAUUAAUGGUAAUGUUACAACUAAUAAAAAUAUAAAUGGUGACAUAGGUGAUUUAAAUAGUCAUAAUAUAUCUAAUAAAAAAACAACAUAUUGUAAUAAGAAUACAGUCGAUUACAGCGAUAAAGCUGGAAGAAAACUUCUUUAUUUGAUUAAAGGUUUAUCAACAGAAUAUGAAAAAGAAAAUGAAAAUAAGAAAUUACCGUGUGAUGAAUAUGUUGAUAAUGAAAAUAGUGAUACACUGAAUAUUAAUAAAAAUAAAAUUGAAGAAAGAGGCUUACAUCUUCAGAAUGAAAUAAAUGCAAAAAAAGGAGGCGAAGCUAUUAUGAGCUUAUUAGGUUUAAAUAAGAAUAAUGAAUUGAAGGACGAUGAAAAAAAAAAAAAAAAAAAAGGGAAAAAUGCGAAUGGUAGUAUUAAUAAUAAUAACAAUAUUAUAAUAAAUUCUAAUUUAAAAAAAAAUGAAAGACAAAUUUUAUUAAAUAAUAAGGACAAUUCAAAUAGUAAAUUAUAUAAAUAUUAUAAAAAUAAUUAUGAUAGCAGUGAAGAGAUGUCAGUGAGUAAUAAAGAGGACACAAAAAGUAAGGAAUUAUUAAAUAAAAACUCAUUUGAAAAUUAUAAAGACAAAGACAAAGAAAAAUUAAAUAAUUGUGAAGAUGAACAAAUAACUUCCUUAUUAGAUAUCAUUAAAUUAAAAUCAGAUAAAAUAAGUAUGAAUAACAAUAAUAAUAAUAAUAAUAAUUCAGAAAAUGAUAUAUUAAAUUCAUAUAAUACCGAUUCGUAUAAUGUUUUGUUAAAGAUGCAGAAUAAAAUAGAAAGUGAUGAUAAAAAAAUAAUUAACAUAUUAGAUAGUAAAAAAAAUAUUAAAAAAGAUAAUUAUACAAAUUCUUUGGAUAAUAAAGAUCAAAUGAAAUAUAAUAAUAAUACUUAUGAUGGUCAUAAUAACAAUAAGUUUAACGAUGUAGAUUAUAAAAAUAAAAGUAUAACAUUAAAUCGGAAUGUCAUACGUAAUAUAAUUAAAGAAACAUUACAAUCAGAUGAAUUUGUUGAUUUAUUGUGGAAAAAAUUAACAAUGAACACAAAUUUUAUAUAA